GUGCAGAUCUUUCGUAAUUUCGCCCAGGGGGAACUUUUAAGGCGGUGAAACGGUAAAUUAUAAGAAGCCUAUUAAGAAGAACUUCCAAGGACUUAAUUUAUUCCACAAUCUCAGGCGAAGAAUCAAGUAACCAGGGGCAGGAAACUAGCUCGCCUACUUUCACUUUGGUUUGCCGAUCUGUUCAAGCCAGCUAAUUUUGCUACUUACCUAGCCUGCUUGCUAACGCCCCAGAACCUCCUGGACAAGAACAGUCCAUCUGACGUGCAUCCAUCGGAGGCCUUUCAGCACCAUGGCGAGCGCCCCUCCACUGGAGACAGCGGGACUAGUGGGGACUCCUCAGCCUCCCUCAUAUGAAGAAGCCAUGAUCCACCCAUACCCUCAGUACCCGCCGGGUGCUGUGCCUGCCCCCCAUGGCUAUGCCAUGGUCCCACAACAGCCAUAUCCAAUGCAGGCACCUGUCCCACCCGUAACCAGCCCUGUGGUGUCUGUGCAGACCAUUUACGUGCAGCCUGGCAUGGUGUUCGGGGAUCAGCCAGUGCAGACACGCUGCCCUGCAUGCACACAGAUUGUGGUGACUCGGCUGGAGUUCAACUCUGGCGUCAUGGCCUGGCUCACCUGUGCGGCCCUCUCCAUCUUUGGAUGUAUCUAUGGAUGUUGCCUGAUUCCAUUCUGCGUGGAUGGCCUGAAGGAUGUGACCCAUCACUGCCCCAACUGCAACAGUGUCCUGGGCAUAUACAAGCGCCUGUGAUGUCAUGCAGUGCCCUUUAAGGAUGUUGAAGCUGCCAGUACUAAGCACAUUUGUCAGUCCAGACAACAUCACUGAAUAAAUUGUAGAGGGUCCAGUAACCAAUAAGUAAAUGAUAAGCAUGUAAAUCCUGAUCCGUGACCCGCAAGAUGACCAAGUAGCUCUAGAUAAUGAACAGUAAAUGCACUAUAAUAUAAUAGCAUUUUAGUAUAUACUAUUUAAAGAAUAGGCUUAUUACCAUCUAGAAAGUAGACAAAUAGGUAAAGUACAGAAAAACAUUUUCAGUAUAGUUAGCAUGUUAAAUGUUAGCUGUAUUGUGUUUCCCAAAAUUAUGCUCAGUGAAAUAAGAUAGGGAGUGCACUCCGUUUAUAAAAAAUAACUGAUACAGGAUUCUUAUACAUCUAGUGACUGCAUAUAUUGAUCGAAACAUUGGAAGAGAAGCAUUCCUGUACUGUUGCUGUUGUUUAAGCAUUCUACUUGUAAGAAUUAAGUAGUCUACUUAUAAUAAAUCACUCAGGGCAUAACGUGCCAAAAACAGCCAUUCAGAAUGUAGAUAAUGCUCAUAACUUACAAAGUUGAGUAAAUUGCCAUACCAUAUAAAAUAUUUCUAUAAAGGUGUUUAGUGUAGCUAGGGGCCUGGAAACCAGUCGACACAGAUGAAAAAGGAUGAUUUGUGUCUUGGAAAAUUGCAGCCUCGAAUCUUAUAGAUAUGUAACUGAGAAAUCGGGCAUUCUAUAGUCAACAGUGUGUAACAAGAUUCGAAAAGGCAGGGAAAGCAUGAUAAAGAAUGGGGACAAAACGGAUUGUGUACUGGUAAGGCCCCUGUAAUUGAGGCAGCACUUGAAAAGUUGAUCGGACUGACUGUGCUUUGAAAUUGUAACUUACACAGCAGCAGCAGUUUGUAGUGACACAAUCUAAACAAGUUAACAUGAGGCGUAAUUCUGUAUUUAAUAAAGUAUUGUAUUACAAUACUGUACAAAUAUUUUAGUUCCUUUCUCAAAGAAGUGAAAAAUGUUGAUUAGUCUGCUUUUAAGAAUCAGCCACUUUCAAGAAUGAAAUGAUCGUUGAUGGUUGUAAUUCGUAUACAUGGAGCGCACUACAUAACAAACAGGGUCAUUUUUAAGUAAGUGUAAAAUAGAUAUUAUGGCACAGUAAUGAUGACAUGACCAAAUGAUGACUGUCAUGUUUUUCAUCUUUAAUGAUCUGGGUUAACUGCACUGUGAAAUUAAAGGGGCAUGGCAAAUAAAACAGGCUGCCAUUAGAAGGUACUGUGGUGAAUUCUGAAUGUGAGAAACAGGAUAUACUGACAUUUGUAGGUUAGAAAAAUUAUAACAGCUUUUAUUUUUCUGUGGAGUGGGCCUUUCAUGUAAAGCAAAAUUUAUACAUAUGGCUACUCACUUUGCAUUGUAUCCCACCAGGUCAAUAUUUUGUUGUUGUGUUGAACCUGCUUCUGUCUGCU